AGACCACACUCUUUUUAGCAAAUAGGAAAGUCAAUCAAAAUUUAUCAAGGAGAGGAUGAGUUUUAGAGAGAUUUCUGAAGAUACAAGCACCGAAAAUGGUGAUUCCAAUUUUUCUAAUACAGAUGCACUCAUCUUCGGAAGUGCUGAUAUUUCAGGUGGGGAUACAAGUAUGAUCUCAGGUCCCAAUACGGCUUCAUCUUCAUCUUCAUCUUACUGGAGUGUAGAUCACCACCACCAGCAGAUCUCGACUGCUGCUGGCGGUUGUGAUGAUGAUAAUGAGUUGAUUGUAUCAUCUGCAUCUUCCAGGAUAUUAAAUGAUGAUUUCAGGGCAUUUACUUCAGUUGCUGGUUCUGAACUUGGUUUGCGUUUGAAUACUGGUGAUGCUGAAGGAGUGAAUAACGAAACUAGUAAUAUGCUUGUACAAAUAUCAAUAGCUUGUUUCGAGGCAAUCCAACAGAACAACCUAAAUCUGGCUGAUACACUUGUCACUGACUUAAGAAAGUUUGCAGAUUCACAAAUUGGAGAUAUGAAGAAAGUGGCGACUGAUUUUGCACAAGCGUUGGAUCAAAUGAUUAUUCACGGAACGAAUAUUCCACAAUCCAUUCAUCAAAAUCCUAAAUUAAGAAGUUUAAAGUUAAUGUUUUUAAGAAAGGUAUAUGUUCCUGUAUUUACCGGAAAGGAAAUUAAAAGAGUAGGAGGUAGUACUUUUGAUGUGGCGUUGGUUGAUGUUAAUAGCGGAGAAAUCGUUGACUCUGCACCAGAAGCCUCCGUGACAGUGGAGAUUGUUGUUCUGAGGGGAGAUUUUGGUGGUGAUGGAAGAGAUAAUUGGACUUCUGAAGAGUUCGAUAGCAAUAUUGUGCGCCAUAGGGAAGAUGUGAAUAAGCCUCUUUUUUCAGGAACAGUACACAUUAGACUGAAUAGAGGCAUAGGUUUAAUAGAUAAAAUCAAUUUUUCUCACUAUACAAACUAUAUGAAGACUAAUGUGUUCUGUCUAGGUGCAAGAGUUAUUGAAUGUUUCGAUGGUACGCGACUAAAAGAAGCAAAGACAGAACCCUUCACUGUCAAGGAUGCGCGCGUAGCUGCUAUUUGCAGGCAAAGAGACCAAAGGAAUCAAAAAGGAAAAAAUGCAAUCCUGCAGCACUUGAGCAUCACAAAGAAAAGGGAAAGAAAUGAAUUACAACACCUGAGCAACACAAAGAAGAAAAUGCGCCAUUCAAGGAGCACAGAUAAUUCAGCAGAAUCAAGUGAAGAUAGCCACAAUCCUAGUAUCUGACUGAAGAUAUCGAUUUACUCAUGCACAUAGUUAAUAUGGACAUGAAUCAGCAAAUCGUCUCAAUCAAGAAAUCCCUCAAUAUCCUUGAUUGAGAGAACCACCUUACAAGAGCAAACAACCAAUCUAUAUAAACAUCCCUUAGCUUUAGUUGUGAAGUACACACUUCACUUGAACUUGUAUUGUUUUGUUCUUUUUGACUUUCAUAAAACUCUGAAUUCUCUCGAGUAUACAAUUGAAAAAGAAAGGUCAGAGUGUAGGUUAUACUGGUAGAUAUUGUGUCAAAAUAGAAGAUUGGAUUUUUUACCGUGUUUGUUAAGUAUAAGUUUUCGACGAAUGAGAUUCCACUAGCUCCGCCGCUGCCUGAA